GUGUAACGUCAGAGGGCUUAUUUACGUCAUCAUAAGAUAAUAACAAAUUUUACAUAUUAUUCAAUAAAAUGUCUUAACAAAAAUUAGUGUAAUUAUAGUUUAUUUAGUUAUUUUGCAUAAAAUUUCCGUAACUAUGGGCUCCUCCGACGUAUAUAACGAUCUUACCCUGUACAUAACGCCGGAAAAGUUUUAUUUAGAACCGAAAACCGGCAAUGAAUUAUUGAUAAUCGACCGUGCUUCCGAAGUAGUCAGCUUACAAAUAGAUCCCGCCCAAAUACCCGCUAUCAACAGCAGAAAAGACUUUUGCGGUCUACUGGGGUCUAUUAACUUACUCGCUGGUCGCUAUUUGCUUAUUGCUACCCAGAGGGACUUGGUCGGAUACAUCGGAAGCCAUGCAAUCUGGAAAUUGAUCAAAACCGAACUGAUUCCUUAUUCGAGGAGUUUAAACCAUCUGAGCAACGAGAGGCAGGCUGAUAAUAACGUUUACGUCAGUAUGAUCGAGAGUGUGUUAGCUACACCCAGUUUUUACUUUAGCUAUAGCUACGAUAUUACCCAUAGUAUACAGAGGUUGCAUGAUAUCAGUCCUGAUUUUUGGCAGCAGUCUUUCUUGGAAAGGGGAGACCACAGGUUCAUCUGGAACAAGUUCUUGUUGGAGCAGUUUAGUUCCUUUAAGAGGUACGCCUUGCCCUUAAUGCACGGGUUCGUAUCCAUAAACCAGUGCCUUAUUAACGGGAACGAUUUCAAAUGGACCCUCAUUUCGAGACGUAGCAUCUACAGGGCGGGCACAAGGUGGUUCAGACGGGGCAUAGACAAAGAGGGUAACGUGGCAAAUUUCGUAGAAACCGAACAAAUUGUAGAAACCCGCGAGGGGGACAAAGCCAGUUUCGUACAGAUCAGGGGGUCGAUUCCGUUGUUUUGGUAUCAAAGGCCCGACUUACGGUAUAAACCGAGCAUCACUUUGGAUACCAAUGUGGACCCUCAGGAUCAUCAGAGUGCCUGUUUGAAACACGUCGAGAGUAUGUCGCUGAUUUAUGGUCGACAGGUUAUGGUGGAUUUGGUGGACCAAGUAGGAUCCGAAGGUCGCCUGGAGAAAGCAUUUAAAGACACGAUAAACCGUUUGGCCCACCCAUCGGCAAAAUACGAACCGUUCGACUUCCACGCUGAGUGCAGGAAAAUGAAAUGGCACAGACUCGCGAUUUUAAUCGACAGAGUGUCUUUGGACCAAGACGAGAUGGGCUAUUUUUCGAUUUUAAGGGACGGCACCCUUAUGUCUUUACAAGAAGGUGUAUUUAGGACGAAUUGCAUCGAUUGCCUGGACAGGACGAACGUGGUGCAGAGCAUGCUGGCCCAUAGGAAUUUGGAAAUUGUGCUGCGCAAGUUCGGGAUAUUGAGACACGAGGAGCGUUUAGAGGAUCAGCGCACUUUUGAGACGUUGUAUAAAAACGUGUGGGCGGACCAUGCCGAUUUGAUUAGCACUCAAUAUUCUGGUACUGGGGCUUUAAAAACCGACUUUACUAGGACCGGUAAAAGAACGAAAGCAGGAGUCCUCCAGGACGGGAUAAACUCCCUGAUGCGGUACUACAAGAACAACUUCAACGACGGGUUCAGGCAGGACUCGAUCGAUUUAUUCCUGGGAAACGGGAAAGCGAUUUCACCGUUGUCUCCACCGCCGGGAUGGCGUUACGUCACUUUCCCGUCGGUUUUACUGAUUGCGAGCGCGAUGUUCGUCGCAUCCGCCAUUUUACCCGCCGAAUACAAUACCGAGUGUCUGUUGUAUUUGAUGUUUUGGGCCGGAAUGGUCGCGGUCACCGCUUAUUAUAUAUUCCAAUACGGCACCGAGUUUGUUGAUAGACCGAAGCUCACUUUCAAUUGAAAGAAUUUAAUUGAACUUGUCGCAUUUAUUCAUUUUUUUUAUUGGUCGAGGAUUUAAAAUAACGUAAUCAUAUAAUUAGACACUUUUUUAAAGGCAUGCGGGCAAACCGGAAGGACUGUUGAGCAUUUUACCUUAAAAUUCAUUAAUAUAUGUGUAUAUAAUGUAUUUUUCGUGAGUGAGUUGGCAAAGGCACCUUAUUAAACAAAAAGACACUAUA